AUGGCAUCUGCUAGCACCGCCCCAGUCGUCGAGGACAUUACUGAAGUGAACAGAAAGUUCUUCAACGAACAGGCGGAGAACUACAACAGUGUCUCGCAUCAGGAGGUAAUCCAGAUUGUCGGAGACGAACUCCUUAAACGUAAGGAAUGGUCUGGAGUGGCUUGGGAUGAGGAUAAUACUCGUUUGCUGGACUACGCUUGCGGGACUGGACUGAUCUCGAAGAUUCUGGCUCCGUACACAAAGCAGCUCAUUGGUAUGGACCUCUCUGAGGGUAUGGUGGACUUGUUCAACAAAUCGGUCCAAGACCAAGGAAUACCAAGUGAAGAGAUGCGCGCUAUUGUAGCCAACCUAUGCGCCGAUGAGCUCGACCCAGUGUUGUCCGACCCUGAUUAUCAUGAUUUCGACGCUGCUAUCAGCACCUUUGCAUUACACCAUUUUAGCGAUGUUCCACUUGCCAUCAACCGUUUAGUCGAGCGCCUUAAAAAAGGAACUGGUGUAUUGUUGACUAUCGACUUCAGGACGCAUGAUCCAGUGUCCCCUCAUGGAACUCUCUCUCACAGUCAACACCAACAUAGCGAUCAACAUGAACAUCAUACACAUGAAAACCACCCGGAUAACCAGCAUCAAGGUCUCGAGGAGUCCGAGGGGAGUGAAAAUACUGUGAAAUUGCGUUCGGGACAUCACACCGUGACCCAUAACGGAUUUUCUGAGGAAGACAUCAAACGUUGGUAUGGGGAAGCCGGUCUUGUAGACAUUGAUAUUGUUGAUGUCGGGCCUGGAAAGGGUGUAACCAUGGUUGUCAAAGGCCCUACAGGGGAGGUAAUUAAGAUGCAGAAAAGCUUAUUUCUGGCAAAGGGAAGGCGUGCUUGA